AACCCACACAAUCGCGACUGCGAGCAGAAUCACUUCACAUCGUCACCAACCUACUCGACUAGAUCACUCUUCACAAAUACCAAAUUACAAACACAAUCACACAUGCAAGGCUUAUUAUCCAAAGUACAAGAAAAGGCCCAGGCCUCCGGUCUCUUGAACCGUCAAGGUGACGCUCAACAUCCCGUCGAUGGACAUCACGCUACCGGGACCAGCCCUACUGCUACUGCUGGUACUAGUUCGGGCACUACCGGGAAACCUGGCUUGUCGGCUCAAUUGGGUCAAUUGAGCCAGAACCCUCAAAUAGCUCAACUUAACCACCAGCUCAGAACUUUGCAACAUCAUUAUGUGACCGGGUCGACGGGCCCUGUUCUGAAAGGAUUGCAGAUCGGGAUCACCGCGCACAAGGGUGUCGCUUUGGAUUACGAGACGCUCUCCAGGGACACGUCCAUGUUGGGGAAAGAGAUGGACGCUUGGGUCGGUUCGUUGCCCGCUGGAGAUGGGGCUGGCGUGGAGGGACACGUCGAGGGUGGGGUCGUAGGCGGUGCGGGGAGUCUUUAUGAUGCCCCUCCCACCUUGACCUUGUUGAACCUAACGACCCAGCUCUCCUCUGCGCAAAAGAUCCUCUCCACCCGUCUGCUCGAAGCCCGCGCCCCGCUCAAGGCGUUGAGGGAAGUUGAACAACAGAUCAACGACCGUCAAGUCCGAUUGAACGAGAUGGAGAAGCGUUUCGCGAAAAAGGGCGGGAGCGCCGGGGUCGCCGAGGUGGACGGGUUGAGGGAGGAGAUCAGGGAGUUGUCCCUUGGGGUCGGGGAGAAGAGGGAGGAGGCGUUGGUCCGGUCGGAAAAGGCCGUCUGGGAGGCGUAUGCCGAGUACGCCCGCAACGUCAUGGUGCUCUCGCAUGCUGGGACCACCUUGCUUGACCUCUACCCGAGCGCCUCUCGAGCUCAACAACAUUUGACCACUCCUGCUGGCACCGCUACGCCGAUCAAGAACGUCAAUAUCUCUGGGCCAUCUACUCUGACCCCGGGGUCUCAGCUCUCCGCCGGCCAGAAGAAAGACCGGGUCAGGUCGAUCGAAGAGGGCGUGAGGAAGAGCCUUGCGGGCCUCGAGGGUGGAUGGAGGGUCAGCGUCGACGACGGUGGUCUCGUCCCUCAUACCACCAGCGGCAGGGUCUCCCCGAGACUGUCGACCGGUCCAGCUCAUGUCCCUUCGCACGUCUUUGAGGAGACCAACAAGCCCCUGAACGCGGAUAUCAUCGGAGCGUACCCUUCGUCCCAUCUAAACAACACACCCGCUCCGAUCCCUCAUAGCCCACACGGAUCGUUCGGACAGGGGACGGCCGCUUCGCCCCCUUCACACCCUCACACCGGGAUGAUGGGCGCCUUGAACGUCGGUCCGGCGCACAAGCACCGAAGCUCGUUUGACCACCCCGUUCAGGCGUCUCAUCAAAGCUUCGGAACUCCCUCUGGAGAAUCCGCGUUGAGAACCGACUCGCCCCCGACCCUGCUCAAUGACGAUGCUGUCGCCUCUCACCCUACUGUCGCUGAGACGGGCAUCCCUGUGGACAACAGCCACAGCGCCCAAGGUCCUGGUCCCGCUACGGGUCAGUUGGAGCGGAAGGAGAAACCCGAGGCGGGUCAUGGGGUCGUCAGGCUGAAUAGCCUCGGUGGAGCCGGACUUGAACAAGGGCAACAACAGCAGCAACAUGGGGGUGAUCUGCCCGGGUACGGAGAAGGAUACGCCGCCCGAGCUUCGGCCCCGGAAAAGUCUGGAGAAGCCUACCCUGUCGUUGGAGGGUCGGAGGGGUUGCCUCCCCCUCCUCAACACCCGGCCAUCGCCUCGGGAACCACCCAUGCGGGAGUCGGAUCUGGGGUGGAAGGGAUGACGCCCAGGGAACAGGCCGAGUAUUAUUACAGGCAGAGUCAGUCCGGAGCUGGUACUGGUGCUGGCGCGGGUCUGCGUUAAGAAACGGAAUGAAUGACAUCGUCUACUGAAUCUCGAAAACUUACGAAGCACGAUACGAUAGGACAGCAGUAGGCGCUGAUGCGGAUAGAUAAGGAUGUUGUAUUACUAAUAGUUACUGCGAUACACGGAACGCAGCCGAGGUCCUGAUUGCACACAUGAUACCCUUUUCAAAGCAAUCGAGCGUCAAUGCGAUCCGCAUAUACGCC